ACUGCCAACGUGCCUCGAUCCCGACUACCUCCGCCCUUCGAAGUACGUUAGCUCUUCACCUCCGAUCCCGAUACCAGCCCCGCCGUUUCCCGGAUCAUGUCCGGCGCCGCCUCCUCCGCCGCCGCCGCUCCGGCCGCCGCGGCCCCGCCGGAAGCGCCGCCGCCGCUGAUCCCCUCCCUCCCGGACGACGUCGCCGUGAACAUCAUCGCCCGCGUGCCCAGUUCCCACGACCCCACCCUCGCCCUCGUCUCCCGGAGCUUCCGCUCCCUCCUCUCCUCCCCUCUCCUCUCCUCCGCCCGCCGCCUCCUCCGCCGCACCCAGCCCUCCCUCUACCUCGUCCUCCGCCACCCUUCCUCCCCCUCCUCCUCCUCCUCCUCCGCCUCCUCCCCGGCUUCCCACCUCUGGUUCACCCUCCACUCCAGCCGCCGUCUCGUCCCCAUCGCCCCCAUCCCCUCCCCCUCCAUCGGCUCCGCCUUCGCCGUCGUCGGCUCCCGCAUCUACGUCCUCGGCGGGUCCGUCAACGACGUCGCCUCCCCCCGCGUCUGGGUCCUCGACUGCCGGUUCCACCGGUGGGAGCCCGGCCCCUCCAUGCGGGUGGGCCGGGAGUUCGCCGCCGCCGGGGUUGUGGGCGAGAAGCUGUACGUCAUGGGCGGGUGCACCCUCGACACCUGGUCCCGCGCCGCUCACUGGGCGGAGGUGCUGGACCCCGGGGCCGGGUCGUGGGCGGCGGUCCCGUCAGAGUCGCUCGAGGUGAGAGAGAAGUGGAUGCACGCCAGCGCCGUCGUGGACGGGAGGAUCUACGCAAUGGCAGACCGUGGUGGGGUUGUGUAUGACGUGGACAAAGAAGUCUGGGAGAGUGUGGAGGAUGAGCUCGACAUGGGGUGGAGAGGGAGGGCUUGUGUGAUUGAUGGGGUUUUGUAUUGCUAUGACUACUUGGGGAAGAUUAGAGGGUUCGAUGUGAAGGCAGGGGUUUGGAAGGAGUUGAAGGGCGUGGAGAGCGGGCUGCCAAAGUUCUUGUGUGGUGCGACGAUGACAAAUCUGGGUGGGAAUUUGGUGGUGGUUUGGGAGGGAAAGGGUGGUGGGAAGGAGAUGGAGGUCUGGUGUGCUGAGAUUGCUGUGAAGAAGAAUGAGCAUGGGGAACUAGUGGGUUGUAUUUGCUGGUCGGAUUUGGUUCUCAAGGUAUCCAAUGGGUCUUCGAUCGUCAAUUGCUUGGCGGUGGCAUUGUCGUCCUGGUCAGAUUAAUGAGACUAACGAUGUCGGAAAAGGCAUUAGCUUGGAGGGCAAAUGUUGAGGUUUGGUGCCAUAAAGGGUGUUGAAAAAUUGACACUGAGUAAAUGGAUCAUUCAACGACCCUACUCUGAAGCUGUUAUUCGAGACUCUGAAAGGCAACAAAUGCACAACCUUGCUACCUUUUUUGGUGUCUAAUUGUGAUCGGAUUUUAAGACAUCUUGAAGGAGAUGUUCGCUUAUGUACAGCUUGUGUCUUUUGUAUAUUAUGACAUCAUCUUGCUGGAUGAUCCAUCUCGUAUCAAGUGCAAUAAAUUUUGGAUCACUUUUGUAUAAAUCACGACACAAUGUAUAGGAAAAAUAAACAAACCUUUCUACUCUUUUUGUUCUUACUAAACAAACCUGUCUACUCUUGUCGUUCUUAAUAUGACGACACUUCUUAUGAAGUUUGGAGCAUUGUUCAUAUUCACUAUGGCAUUUGAAGAAUUAAGCAGAGUCA